AGUGAACCCUGAUCUUGCAUAAUCCCUAAAUCAUUGUGGCCAUGUUAAAAACAGCUGUUCAUCGAAUUUUAUUUCGUACAUUUUCAACAGGAUAUCAUUUCAGAAAUUGCAAUAAAAUGUCUGAUCCCAAGUUAGAAGCUGUGCAAGAGAGUGAUAUAGAGGAGGGAAUUUUUAAAUAUGUCCUCAUUAAGGUUUACGGCAAGCAACAAGCUGAUGGAACGGAGCCGUCUAAGCUGAUUGUAAGGGGCUAUGGUGAUUGUCAGUGGCAUUCUGAUAUCUACGAACGCGCGAGCACUUCGUGUCAAGGUUUGGGUUUGGAUACAGAAUGUCUAGGUGGCGGCAGAAUUGAACACAAUCCUUCAGCAAAACUUAUUAAAGUGUAUGGAUAUUCUCAGGGGUAUGGUAAAGCCGACCACGCACAGACAAGAGAUAUUCUCCUUAAAACAUAUAAGAAUUACAACAUUGAGAUUUCAGACGAGGGAUACUAACUAUUGGAAGGAAUUUCGUCUAUAGUUGGUAUUGUUAAAAAUAAAAUAUAUGUAGCAUAUGGUCAAACAAA